GAUUUCCCCGUAGUUUCAGCGCUUCACAGUCCCGUCAUCGAUGCUUGAAAUAGUAGCUCUCAAUGGGGAUGGCAGUCGGGAACCUGAGGACUUCACUGGGAGACGGAGUCCACUUCUCAGAGGGGACGGAGUCAGGUUCCGGCCUCGGGCAGAGAGACGCUCUUUGUUGUUUUCUCCAGCUGUACAGAAGAAGAUAAUGUUCACUUUGAAUCAGGUGUGACUGCACGGUUCAGGAGCCGGUGGGUUGAGUGCGGCAGAGGAGCCCUUUGGAGACGACAUGGCAGGCGGCUGUGAGGUGAAGUAACUCGUCCUGUGUCCGCGCGGAGCUCUGAGGAGCACGUUGUACCUCUGCAGGCCGGGAGACCCUAGCGAGGAAACGAGGUAAAAGGGCAGGAACCAUCUGUGAUUGGUUAACAGGAGGCUCCUUGGUCCUGCGAUGCCAGAACAAGCUAAUAAGGACGCCAUGAGAACGCCAGCGACUCCAGAGAAGGCCAACAACGAGCGCCCCGCAGCCCCCUGCACGACGGUAAACAUCCCUCUGGUCAACGAGGUCCAGCUGACUGCAGCCACCGGCGGGACGGAGCUCUCCUGCUAUCGCUGCACCGUCCCGUUCGGCGUUGUGGUCCUCAUCGCCGGCAUCGUUGUCACCGCCGUGGCUUACAGCUUCAACUCGCACGGGUCGACCAUCUCCUACUUCGGCCUGGUGCUCCUCUCGGCCGGACUGUUGCUCUUAGCCUCCAGCGUCGUCUGCUGGAAGAUGAGACUGGAGAGGAAGAAGGAGCGGCGGCGGGAGAGUCAAACCGCCCUGGUCGCCAACCAAAGAAGUAUUUUCACCUGACACGUAUCCUGGUUUUCUGAGUGGCAAAAGGCCCGAUUUUGAGGUUGAGUCGGAGGACCCAGCUGUGGACAGAUGUUGUUCAGCACGUGUUAGAUUUCCGACCUGUAAAACCGCAGACUCUCGAGGCCCAGAACUUAAAGCUUUGAAGACUCUGUGAGGGAUUUAUUUGUCAAACAGACGUCGAGCAUCUGGCGAGCUGGGAACGCAGCCAAAAGGAGCGAAUCACAAUUAAGAUGAAUUACCACUGUGCGAAGCGAUGUGGAGGAAGUCUCCCAUUAAUCUGCUGUUGGAUGUGGCGGCUUUGAUUGUAACGGGAGGGAUUGUGGUUUGAAAAGACCAGGAAGGGAGAGGGAAACUGGAAAAUCCAGGACAAUGAUUCACUCAAUUUACUGCGCUUUGGCCUGGACAUAUAAAGUCUUCAUCUCACGGGGGAGCAUGAUGAAUGGCUUGUUAUGGAAGUAUGGUACUUGAUAUGAGGACUGUGUUUAUCUAAUUAGGUGGCACAUAGAGAGACUAUUUAACCUUACAUGUAUAUUCUCUUUAAGCACUUUGAUAGCCGUAAUAUUCAAUAUUAAACAACUAAUAUUAAAUAAAAUAAGUGAUAUGUCCAGACUCAUCAAGCCUUUGCUUAUUAUGGCAACUUUUCGAACAUAAGAAUUCAUAUUGUGUACUUCCAUACAGUAUAAAAAUAUUAAAUGUAGCCUAUGUUUUGAUGUAAUCGUUUGCAUGUGUUAACUGUUACCACCAGGACGUCAUGAGGUUUAAUAAACUCACGUAAUAAUCUGGGAA